AUGACUCGUGCGGGGCUGGCUGGCGCUGCUGCUGAUGGUGAUGGUGACGGUGCUGCCGACGCUGAUGGUGAUGCAGCUGCUGCUGCUGAUGGUGACGGUCAAGGUGACGGUGCUGCCGCUGCUGCUGCUGCUGCUGCUGCUGCUGCUGCUGGUGACGGUCAAGGUGACGGUGCUGCCGACGCUCAUGCUGAUGCAGGUGCUGCCGCUGCACUGGGCUGGGGUCAUGCGUUCGAGGCAAGGGCGCAUGAUGGAGAUGGUGGCGGUGGUGGGCGAUGA